UGUUGGAAAUUGGAGAAGGAGGAGGAUGCUGCGCUCUACCCUUGGUGCGUUCUUGCCACCUUUCCGGCCAGCACACACUGCCUCUGAGUCAGACUCAACCUCAGCUUUCAGUUGUCUCCGACUAAAGGACUUAAGAGAAGAGGGGGAGAAAAAAAUGAACAACAAACUGGAACUCAGGACUUCUCACUACACGUUGUCAAACAGAGACAACAGCAGGAGAAAAGAAUGGAACAGAAACUGCUCCUCAUCUGUGGUGGAAACUACUAAUACCUCAGCAGUGACCACCUCCUCUUCUUCGGGUUUCCCUGUCUCUUUUGCAACCCUCACGGCUCCAAGCUCUAUGUGGCAAGAGGCAAUGAAGAGAAAACAGUAUUUACUUGACCGUGCAGGGGUGUCUGGUGAAGUGGUUAAAGGAGGUGCUGAGGAGAAGAGGAACAGGUCCCCGGACUGGCUAUAUGAAUCCUACUACUGUAUGAGCCAGCAACAUCCUCUCAUUGUGUUCUUGCUUCUCAUAGUGAUGGGAGCCUGCCUGGCUCUGCUGACUGUAUUUUUUGCUUCAGGGUUGAACAUCGAAGACCAUGUAGCCUUUGUAAUCACUGUGCCCACAGCAUUGGCAAUAUUCCUGACGGUGUUUGUGCUUGUCUGCAUUGAGUCUGUCUUCAAGAAGCUUUUACGUGUUUUUUCCUUGGUCAUCUGGGCUUGCUUGGUUGCCAUGGGUUACCUUUUCAUGUUUUCUGGUGGGAUCGUCUGUCCAUGGGAUCAGGUAUCCUUCUUCCUGUUCAUUGUGUUUGUGGUUUACACCAUGCUACCGUUCUCUAUGCGGGAAGCUAUCGUUGCCAGUGUCCUGACCUCCGCCUCUCACACCAUUGUAUUGACGGUCUGCUUGUCCACAACAGCUGAUCACAUGGAGGCAGUAGUGUGGCAGAUUUUGGCCAAUGUAAUUAUUUUUAUUUGUGGCAACGUGGCUGGGGUAUACCACAAGCAUCUAAUGGAGUUGGCACUGAAACAGACCUACCAGGACACCUGUAACUGCAUCAAGUCCCCAAUUAAAUUGGAGUUUGAGAAGAGACAGCAGGAGCGUCUUCUUUUGUCUCUACUGCCAGCUCACAUUGCUCGUGUAAUGAAAGCUGAGAUCAUCCAGAGACUGAAGGGACCAAACUUUGGCCAGAUUGAGAACACAAACAACUUUCACAACCUCUAUGUUCAGAGACACACGAACGUCAGUAUCCUUUACGCAGAUAUCGUGGGAUUCACGCGCCUAGCCAGUGACUGCUCACCUGGAGAACUGGUGCACAUGCUGAAUGAGCUGUUCGGCAAAUUCGAUCAAAUUGCGAAGGAAAAUGAAUGUAUGCGGAUCAAGAUUCUUGGAGACUGUUACUACUGUGUGUCCGGCCUCCCAGAGUCAUUGCCAGACCAUGCUAAAAACUGUGUGAAAAUGGGUUUGGACAUGUGUGAAGCUAUCAAGAAAGUACGAGAUGCUACAGGGGUUGAUAUUAACAUGCGUGUGGGCGUACAUUCUGGAAAUGUUCUAUGUGGGGUUAUUGGACUUCAAAAAUGGCAGUAUGAUGUUUGGUCACAUGAUGUCACACUGGCCAAUCAUAUGGAGGCAGGAGGUGUACCAGGGCGAGUUCACAUAACAUCAGUGACACUGGAACACCUAAACGGUGCUUAUAAGGUUGAGGACGGGGAUGGACAAGAGAGGGAUCCUUACCUAAAGGAACACGGUGUCUUCACUUACCUUGUUAUUAACCCAAAGGUGGAGCGUCGGAGCCCGCAGCAUUAUUAUCGGCCCAGACACACUCUUGAUGGAGCAAAAAUGAGAGCCUCAGUCAGGAUGACCCGGUACUUGGAGUCAUGGGGAGCAGCCAAGCCCUUUGCUAACCUGCACCACAGAGACAGCAUGACAAAUGAGAAUGGGAAGAUUAGCACUUCUGAUGUGCCGAUGGGGCAAUAUCAUUUCCAGAGGAGAUCAGAGAGGACAAAGUCUCAGAAGAAACGGUUUGAAGAAGAAUUCAAUGAAAGGAUGAUCAGGACGUUUGAUGGAAUAAAUUCACAAAAACAGUGGCUCAAGUCUGAAGACAUUCAAAGAAUAUCACUGUUUUUUCACAAUAGAUCCUUGGAGAAAGAGUACAGAGCAACAACCUUGCCUGCCUUUAAAUACUAUGUCACCUGCGCCUGUUUGAUCUUUUUCUGCAUUUUUGUUGUGCAGAUCUUGGUUCUGCCAAAAACGCCUGUUUUAGGAAUAUCAUUUGGAAUGGCCUUUAUUACCCUCUCCCUGAUAAUCUUCAUAUGUUUCAUUGGACACUUCUUGCACUGCAGUAAAAGUGCAUCUACUUCUUGGAUGUGGCUGCUGAGGUCAUCAGUUAUUAUUGCCAACAAGCCUUGGCCCCGCAUCACUCUCACCUUGACAACUACUGCUCUAAUACUUGUAAUGGCAGUCAUCAACAUGUUCUUUUUGGAAGAUGAUAUGACUCCUCCAGUUUUGCUUUUCAACUCAUCUAAUGAAACACUGCUUUACCCAAAUGGGCAGCUUAUAAACCUCUCUGGCAAGAACAAUUAUUACCUCCCUUAUUUCAUUUACAGUUGCAUCCUGGCCCUGAUCUCUUGCUCGGUGUUCCUGAGGAUAAACUAUGAGCUAAAGAUGAUUAUAAUGUUGACUGCAGUGGUGAUCUACAACAUUAUUAUUCUACAUUCCCAUGCCUCUCUGCUGGAUGAAUAUAGCAGAUUCCUGUAUAAGACUGAAAGCCUUGACAGACCAGGAGUUCUCAAGGAUCUGAAGACGAUGGGCUCUAUCUCUCUCUUUAUCUUCUUCAUCACGCUGCUCGUGCUUGCCAGACAGAAUGAAUAUUACUGUAGGUUGGACUUUCUCUGGAAGAACAAGUUUAAGAAAGAAUGCGAAGAAAUUGAAACAAUGGAGAAUCUCAACCGGGUUUUGCUUGAGAACGUCCUUCCUGCACAUGUUGCAGAACACUUCUUGGCUCGCAACUGGAAAAAUGAGGAUCUUUACCACCAGUCCUAUGAUGUGGUGUGUGUCAUGUUUGCCUCUAUCCCAGACUUUAAAGAGUUUUACACUGAAUCUGACGUCAACAAGGAGGGAUUAGAGUGUCUCAGGCUUCUCAAUGAAAUCAUUGCUGACUUUGAUGAGUUGCUUUCCAAACCUAAAUUUAGUGGUGUCGAGAAGAUAAAGACCAUCGGCAGCACUUAUAUGGCAGCUACUGGACUUAACACACCGUCUGUGACUGAGUACACUACCCAGGAGCAUGACAGACAGUACAUGCACUUGGGAACCAUGGUGGAGUUUGCUUUUGCCUUGGUGGGAAAGUUAGAUGUCAUCAACAAACACUCAUUCAACGACUUUAAGCUCAGAGUUGGUAUUAACCACGGUCCAGUGAUUGCUGGAGUCAUUGGAGCUCAAAAACCACAGUAUGAUAUUUGGGGAAACACGGUAAAUGUAGCCAGCAGAAUGGAAAGCACUGGAGUCCUGGGGAAAAUACAGGUGACGGAGGAGACAAGUCGCAUCCUUCAUAAUCUGGGCUACAUGUGCUCUUGUAGAGGGAUCAUCAAUGUCAAGGGCAAAGGAGAGCUCAAGACCUUCUUUGUGCACACAGAGAUGACACGAUCACUGUCCCAAGGGAAUAUUAUGCUGUAAGACUGGUUCAGAGUAUCUGCAUAUAUAUAUAACUAUUGACAUCUCAGAGCUUUUGUAAUAAAAACAAAUGCGACUCAGGAAGAAAUCUGAAUGACAAAGGGGAAAAACACAGAUGCCAUAGAUCACAUCUAGUAUUCAUUUAGUCACUUCUGUAACUGUGUACGGUGCAAAAAGCAAAAGCUUUUGUACAGCUAAAAGGAUGUAAACAUUACAAUUUUAAUGCAAUUUGAAUGUUAAAGCCCAAAAGACCAAGGCGUUGUGAUAUUCUGGCUUAAUGAAAAGAAAGAAGAGAUUCAGAAGUUCCAAUUCAGUAAUUGCUUAGCUCUGGGAUGCUUGUUGCGGUCACUGGCAAGAAACCCCUGCUUUGAUGCCAGCUGCACUACAGCAGGUCUCUCUUUUCAGGAAGCAGUACACUUUGGUUGCAGAAUAAUGUGCGUGGAAAAAGCCAAAGCAUUUUUACAAAAAUGUAUCAACAGAAUUUCCAAAAGACUAAUAGCACCACAAACACAGCUUGUUGCUGGUGUUAUGAAUGUAAGGAAGUCUGUGUUCCUCUUACAAGUAUUUUAAACAUUUCAAAACAUCAAGCAUUAAAAUAUAUCCAGAAUGAAAAUCAGAAACCUGCUUUUGCAAAGGUUUCUUGAAAUUGAAAAAGGCAACAUGGUUUACAAUGUAUACUUCAGAAAUCUGUUAAAACCAUAAAGUCUUGGAUUUAUUCUUCAGACAGUCCAGAACAUCUGGAAUGGCACGUUUGGAAAAAAGUCCAGACUGUCAUCACAUGUCUGCAUUAUCUGAACUGUGUUUGUUGACUCCUGCUGAAAGCAGGGAAUUUGGGGCCAGAUGCAUAACAGCAAAAAAUAAUUAAAAUCUACACAGAAAUCUAGAUAUUUUAUUGCUUUUACCCUUGAAGUUCAUUAAUGUGGUUGAGAUAUUAAUUCACACGAAUAAUGAAAAUUAAAAAAGGCAAGUACUUUUAGAAACCAAACUAAUUGGAUUGUUUUAAUACAGACACGUUUAUGCACUUGGCCUCUGCUGCUUAAGAAAAAUGAUCUCAGUGUACAUAUUUUAGUUUUGAGUAGUUAAAGCCUGAUUUAUGUACAGAGAAGAUUUAGUGGGUUUGUUUUGUAUGGAAAAACAAAACAUUCUUAAAAAAGUGGUUACAUUUUUUUUAUGCUUUUGGUUUUUUGAAAAAUCUUCAAUAAAAUUUCUAUGUAAUUUA